CUUCCUGUUUUCGUUUUUCAUGUGACUUCUUUCUAGCUGGCUAACGAAACGAAACUAGGGGAAACUUCUGCCACGUCAGAAAGUGCUGCAGCCUCUUCGGACAGAAAAAUAAAAAAGUGAUACAAAGACAAACACCGGAGGAUCAUCAGCACACCACCUCAGUAGCAGCUGUUGUAUAGCUUCGUUUGGUCUAACGUUAGCUAGACAGUAGUUGGGAUCAACAGGAUGGAAAGUAAAUAUAAUCUGAAGAGUCCAGCUGUGAAGCGAUUGAUGAAGGAAGCAGCAGAGCUCCGAGACCCAACAGAGCAUUAUCACGCUCAACCACUAGAGGAUAACCUUUUUGAGUGGCACUUCUCUGUGCGAGGCCCACCAGACUCAGACUUUGAUGGUGGGGUCUACCACGGCAGGAUUGUUCUUCCCCCGGAGUACCCUAUGAAACCCCCAAGCAUCAUACUGCUAACGCCGAACGGCAGGUUUGAGGUGGGGAAGAAGAUCUGUCUCAGCAUCUCCGGCCACCACCCAGAGACCUGGCAGCCCUCCUGGAGCAUACGGACUGCGUUAAUAGCUAUAAUCGGAUUUAUGCCCACCAAAGGAGAGGGAGCAAUAGGAUCUCUUGAUUAUACCCCAGAGGAGAGGAGAGCCCUCGCCAAAAAGUCUCAGGACUUCUGCUGUGAGGUGUGCGGUUGCUCCAUGCAGUCUGCUCUCCUGGCUCUGUCCCCCAACAGCACCCCCCGCCUAGAGGACCAUGAAGCCAAAGAACUUGCACAGCAGAUCAACUUUAAGGCUGAAGCCAGCUUGUCCAGUAAAGCCGGGCUGAGCAGUGGAGCCGAGAGCCAAGCCGCCUCCAACAGCCAAGAGGGGGAGUCUUCCACAGAGAGCCCAGCCAGUGUGGAGCCAGCACAAACCCCUGAGACAGAGGCGUCUGGUCCAGCCAUCAGUGAGGAGGCACCUCUCUCCACAUCUGUUCCCCCUGCGGCCCCAAGCAACAACAGCUCCCGCUCCUUGAGUCCCCGCCAGCGGCGUGCUCAGCAGCAGGGCCAGCAGCAGGGCCAGCAGCCCCGCCGGGCUCCAUUUCCAGCAUUCCCAGCAGCGGCCCAGCCACCAGCGGAUGGCAGCCAGGCUGGAUCUGCUGUGCUAAUCGUGCUGCUCACACUGGCUCUCACUGCACUCAUCUUCCGCAGGAUCUAUCUGGCUAAUGACUAUAAGUUCGACUAUGAGCUGUGACAACACACGUACAUAAAAGUAAACAGAAACGCACAGAUACAUGGCCCAUGUAACACUGCCCAAGUACCAGCCAGACACUGUCCCUGCCACGUGAGAGAAAAAAAAAUGUCUUCUGCCAUUGCCCGGUAUGGGGUAGAGACUAAGGCAGGCCUCGGUGACUUCUUUGUGUAACCGCUUAAGGUUUUGUCCGUAGUGUUGGCAUCUUUGCAUUCCUGAAGUUUGGAGUCACAGCAGUAAUUGAGCAGAGAUCAAGUUUUUAAGAAGUUCAAGCACCACGUAGAAAAUCAGUUAUAUCAUCUUAUACCUCUACAUCAGACCAUGAAGCAAAACCGCAGCCUAUUAUACAAAUCUUGAUAUAUUUACAACAUUAUCUUACCAAAUGAUGAAGUCUAUGCUAUUGAUGUAUUGUAAUGUAAAACUUUGGGCGUUUUUGUGUGUCACUGUUUAAAUUGAUAUUUUAAUCGAGAGCUGAAUUGCUUAUUACCAGAUGUUAAUUUGAAUUUUAAAUUAGCAUGUUCUGCAUUGUUUGUUGCUGUUUGGAACAGCAUAGAUCAAUGUAUGUAUCUCUUAGUAAAUUAUUUACAUUAUAAAGUCAGUCCAAACCUCUGCUCUACUAGGGAGGGUAAUUGGGAAAGUACGUUCUAAAAUACCAGUUACUACUGUACUGUAAAACCUCAAACUCUGCAAGAUGGACCAUUAGUACAAGUAAACUGUUCAAAUGGUACUCAUGAGUGAAUAUGUCAAAGGUCACUUAUUUACAAUGCAAUUAUGUGGUAUUAUUUUCCUGUUUUUAAGUUUAUUUUGGUGUUUGACUACCACAUCAUGCUUUUGAGUGGCCAGUGACAAAUAGCAUGUGACUACUAGUUUCUUCACAACUUCAAGGAGAAAAGAGACUGAAAAUAAAUUGCCUGUCUGGGGCAGUGAUAACAUGA